AUGUCUACCCAGCCAAUCGCUCUUCCAUCUCGCAGCAGCCCCCGUAAUCAUAUCUCUAAUUCCAACAAUGCCGACUAUAUUAUGUCUUCAGGCUCGUACACGGGGUCCAAUGGCAACGGCUCGUUCAAUCCGGCUUCUUACACCAGACAUUUCCUCGGUUCGCCCAUAUCAUGGCGCUCGACGUCCUUUGGGCUGGGUGUACGGUUCCAAGGAAGUCCUAUGGAGCACUUCAUUGGGUCUCCAGAACAGAAACCAUCGCUCGAUUCUGACGUGCGGAACGCGCUCAGCGCCCUCGACCGGGAAAGUGAAUUUUGUCGAGACUACAGCUGCUGUGAGCACUUUGAAGAAGUCCACGUCGUCGUUAUCGACCCGACAGCACCGCAAGCGCAGGCCCAGCUCCAAAUUCCAUUCAACCCUCAGGUCGUUUCGACACUUUCGUCGCCUGGCCAUGCUCAGGCCCAGCCGAUGCAGCAGCAGCAACAGCACUCCGUUCACUCUUACGGUGUCGCCUUUGAUCCUGAUGAGAUGGAUCUGGAGGGACCGCCGUCGUCUGGAGCGCCAAGCUUGAGAUCGUCGCCUUCAUCUGGGGCUCCCACGCCCCCGGACACCCCGAUAACGACGCCUUUGUCUGCCUAUCCCUCACCUGGUAUUCCCACUCAACAGCCGGCAUACUACUUGGACAAGUCGCAAGUACAAGUUCAGAACCAACUACAGACGCAGCACCUCCCUCACUCACCAUAUGUUUCGCAGCCACCAUCACCUAAUUCCGGCGUACAUCACCCCGUUGCCGCCUUCGACACCAAGACCCUGAUUCGUCGUUCCUCAUCAAGUGCCAUAUCAACCACGCCCUCCUCGCUUGCCAAUGCCAACACACCUGUUCCUCCUAGUCCCAUUCACCAUCAGGCUCGACCUCAACUGAACCUCAACUUGACGACCGCUCAUGCGCAUCAUACGCAUAAUUCCCACAGCCCUCUUGUGGAUGCGUUCAAUUAUGGUCGAUAUGGUGAAUCCUUUGUUGGAAUGCCGGGCUCAAAUAUGGAUGCUAUGGAUACUUACAGCUCCAGCAUGCUCGACGCUCAUCGUACCCACAACAGUAGCAGCAGCAGCCUAGCUGGCGCUGUUGAGGAAUGCGUACCGCCUGCUCUUCUCUUUUCUAAUUCAGCUACACCAGAGAGUACACCAAGCACGAGUCGCGUUCCUUCACCCCAUAGCCAGGCACAACAAGCUUCGGCUAGUGGUGGUACAUCGCCUACGUCUCCUUCCGCGACAAGUGUUCCGGCUAGCGGUGGGGUUCCUUCGGUCCCUGUUGUAUCCAAGGACCCCAAUGCUUUGCGUCUGUCAGCUUCUGUGACGAGACCCGCUUCGUCGUUGCUAUUAUCGAAGCCUUUCAAGUGUCCCAAGCCGAAUUGCAAUAAGAGUUACAAGCAAGCCAACGGUCUAAAAUACCAUAUGACACACGGCAGUUGUAACUUUGCACCUCCAAAAGACCUUGAACAUGUCCAGGCACUUUUGGAGCGUAAACGUCGAGACAGAGCGGCGGCAGCGGCAGCCGGCGGAUAUCCUGAAUCCUCCGAUCCUUCCCAGCCUUCUACACCACUCCCGUCAAAUCCGUCAACUCCUACAUCUCCCUAUCCUGAUCUACAGAUUUCCGAUGCGGAGAUGCGUGAAGUUGAGCGGGAGGCUGAACGGCGUCUGAGGCCCUUUGCCUGCGGUGUUGGUGACUGCCAGAGGAGGUACAAGAACAUGAAUGGGUUGCGAUACCACUACCAGCAUUCUGGGGAGCACGGAGCUGUGGGAUUGGCGUUAUUGGCCAGUGGAGUUCAUGAGUGUCUCGGCAAUAACGGGGGCAGCAGCAGCAGCGCGAGUAACAGUCGUGAGGCCAGCGCCGUCAGAGGUGACAGGGAAGGGAGGAAGAUACGUGUUGGUGGCAGUGCACCGGGCAGCCGUUCGGGUAGUCUAAGUCGCACCGGGACCCCGGUGCCUGCUCUUGGUAUGGGUCAGCUAGCCAACCAUACACAGCAGUACGCCCCGCCGUCUCAGCCGCCUCAGUUCCAGAACCAGAUCGCGUAUCAGCAAAGAUUUGCAGAGCACCAGCGCGCACAGUAUGCACAACAGCAGCAGCAAUUUCAGCAACAAGGGAUGAUCGUUCAACAACCACAGCAGUAUGCUGCUGUGUUGUAUCCGCCUGCGUCGGCCGUCGGGAUGGACGUUGCGAUGUCGGGUUGAUCGCCGUUUCUAGGGACCUGGCGGAGCAUGUCCAGCCAUUCUUUGUGUUGUCGUCCACGUCGACUUGAAGCCUUUGUGUGGUUGGUCGAUUUGUCGGAUUAAAAAGUAUUAAGCUAUUCAUACCUAUUUGUCUUUCACAAUCCCUCCUCAUCAUCGCACGAAUCUCUCUUUAUUGUUCUGUUAUCCGUGGUUCACCAAUAUCUUAUUUUUCACAUUACUUGACUUACUAGUACAUUCUUCGUCCUUUUCUUUCUUUUUUUUCCCACUGCUUUUCCAUCCGAUACUCGCCU